AUGGAGGAGCUGCCUUUGGAUGGAGAGAGCACGGAUGCUGCAGGGGAGACCUGUCCCCAAAGCCGCCCCCACCGCAUGCCACCCUCAUCUUUUGCUCAAGGAAUUGUUACAAAUCUCCCCUUCACGGUCACCGCCCCCUUUCCUCGUCGGAUUCCAGCGGGGAUGUGGGAGCUGGGGGUGCCUCGGCACGUGCCGGGGCGAUUCCAGAGCCCUGAUCCCCCCUCCCGGUCCACUCUGACUCACCCCGGCCUCGGAGCCGCCGGGAAUUUUCGUUACAAUAACAAGCCAGGGACCCCCUCCCGCGACGUCCUCCUGGUCUCAGCCAUCAUCACCGUCAGCCUUAGCGUCACCAUCGUCCUCUGCGGGAUCUGCCAGUGGUGCCAGCGGAAAAUGGGAAAGCGUUACAAGACUUCCCUGGAGACUGUGGGAACUCCGGAUUCCAGCCGAGGCCGCAGCGAAAAGAAAACCAUCAACGAUCUAGACAGAGACUUUUGGAAUAACAAUGACAACACAGUGCAGCAGAAAUGGAGCUCCUACCCUCCCAAGGAGUUUAUCCUAAACAUUUCUCCUUACGCUCCGUACGGUGAUCCGCGCCUUUCCCUCAAGUGAGUCUCUCCUUACCGAGUUUGCUCCGUGUAGUGAGUAUAUGGGCAGCACCCACUCGCCUUCCUCCUCCUCUUCCUCCCCCUUUCCCUCCUCCUUCUCCUCCUCCUCUUGCCCCCGGGCUCCCCGCACGCCACCCCAUGGGCCGUCCCAUGGAGACGAGCAAC